UCCUGUCAUGAAAUAUCAAUGACUAGCUGAGCUGCGGAAAAAAGAGACCGGACGACCUGGUUGAAUGUUUCCAUGAAGAAGAAGAAGGAGAAGAAGAAGAAGAAGAAGUGCUAUUGGCGGGAGGGCGGGCCACCUGUGACAGCAAAUGAGUGGAAAGAGCUCCGAGUCAGUCUCAUUGUAUGUCACUUAGUGGGUGUUUGUGUAUUUGUCAGACCGUGGACGCGUUUAAAGUCCAGUUGGAUUAUCUGGAGCUGAAGGAAACACACAUUUAUAUCUCCUCGACUCCGCACGAUUCAGGUUCCUUUCUCGCUUCAGCUCAUUGAAAGAGGUGCCGGUGUGUGGAUUUGGGGGUGUACGCUGGUCUCCUGCUGAACAUGUUUGUGUGAAUGCCUUAGCAUGCGGUCUGAGAGUAUAUGUUUCCCUCUGAGACUCCCAUCGUCGGAGAUGCAGGUUUUUCCAUCGUCUGUGCUGCGGCUCCUGCUGCUGAGCUGCUGCUUGUGUGCAACGACCGGCUACCCGUUCAGGACACCCUUGGACCUGGACGUGACUCCACGCAUCACUGUGUUGAGCAGUGGUCUUCAGGGCUGUAGGCGUUUCCAGUCCUCUGCAGUCAACUACAGCUCCAUGCUGCUGGAGGCUGACAGUGAGCGUCUUUACGUCGGGGCCCGAGGGGCUGUAUUUGCUCUCAAUGCCUCUGACAUCUCAUCUUCUGCUCUCACGAUUGAGUGGGAAGCUUCCCCUGAGCAAAAACAGCAGUGUCUGAGCAAGGGAAAAGACAAUAAGACGGAGUGUUUUAAUCACAUUCGCUUCCUCCAGAGGUUCAACUCCACUCAUCUCUACAUGUGUGGCACUCAUGCCUUCAGACCUCUCUGCGCAUACAUAAAUGAGAAAAAUUUUGUGAUGUCCUCUCAGCCUGAGGAAGGCCGAGACAAAUGUCCCUACAGUCCAACAACAGGCUACACCGGACUUAUAAUAGAUCAGCAGAUCUACACAGCUGCUCAGUACGAGUUUAGGAGUUUUCCAGAUAUUCGCCGCAACUCUCCAUCUCCCACACUGAAAACAGAGGAUGCACCCACACGCUGGCUGAACGAGGCUGACUUUGUGGGUUCGGCAUUGGUCAAGGAGAGUGAAGGCAGCAGCAGUGGAGAUGACGAUAAGAUCUACUUCUUCUUCACAGAGAGGACAGAGGAGCAGACAGCAACUUACAGCCACAAUAGGGUGGCGCGAGUGGCUCGGGUUUGUAAGGGGGACAGAGGAGGUCACUUAACUCUCCAGAAGCGGUGGACGUCCUUCCUCAAGGCCAGGCUUAUGUGUUCUCUGCCUGAGUACAACUUCCACUUCAACAUGCUGCGCAGCGUGUUCGUCGUGCCUGGCCACACACCGCAGGCUACUCUCUUCUUUGGCAUCUUCGGCCUGGAGUGGAAGAGCGUGAAAGCGUCUGCAGUUUGUCGCUUCUCACUCUCUGAAGUCCAAGAGGCUUUCCAAGGACCCUACAUGGAGAACCAGGACUCUGGCUCUAAAUGGAAAGAAUACACUGGGAAGAUACCUGACCCACGUCCUGGAACGUGUAUAACGGACACUCUGAGGGCCAGAGGCAUCAACAUCUCCACCUCUCUGCCAGAUGACGUGUUGGACUUUGUCAGGAGACAUCCUCUAAUGUCCCAGCAGGUCCAGCCUUUAGACAAACGCCCCCUGUUGUUUAGAAGGACUACAGACUACACACACAUGGCCGUACAUAUGAUCCAAGGCUUAGAUGGACAAACGUACCAUGUACUAUACAUGGGCACAGAUGAAGGCUGGUUACACAAAGCUGUUCAGGUUGACGGUCACCUCCACAUUAUUGAGGAGCUGCAGGUGUUUGAGGAACCACAGCCUGUUGACAGCCUUCUGAUCUCUGACAAACAGAUGAGUGUGUACAUUGGCUCUCCGUCAGGCGUGGUGCAGCUGCCUCUUUCCAACUGCCGCAGAUACACUACCUGUUACGACUGCAUCUUUGCCAGAGACCCGCACUGCGCCUGGAACGGAGCCCAGUGUGUGGAAAUGAUGGCGCAUGCAGACAGAUCUACAUUAAUCCAGGACAUCCAACACGGCAGCAGAGGAUGUGAGAACACACAAGAUGAUGUUGUUCAGCGGAGCCGCUCUGUGCGGGUGGGUGAUGAUGUGCUGCUGCAGUGUGAGCUCAGCUCUAACCUGGCGACUCCACUGUGGACCCAGGACGACCGGGAGCUGCAGGGCUACGGCCUCAACUCCGGCUUCAGAACCGGCACCGAUGGUCUGCUCAUCAUCGAGGCCCGGCAGGACCAAAGCGGACAGUACACCUGUUACGCCGUGGAAAACGAUGUCAGAGUCGCCAUGGUUACCUACAAUGUCACCAUCCGCGUGGACCUGCCCCCUCCGCCACCUGUUGAGCCAACUGAAGACCUUUACAGCCUCUUUCUGACUUUCCCAGCACCAAGUGAGUCCCCCUCCUCUGAAAGACCCCUUCCUCCUCCCCCAGCCCCACUGCUGCCCACCUCUGACCUGCUCAACCCCAGGAACAUGGAGGCCAUGUACCUGUCCCUCAUCACCAUCCUCGGAGGCCUGUGCGUAGUCCUCACCGUGGUCCUCAUCUACGUUGGCUUCUGUCUGCGAGUCGGUCACAGGGGGAAGUACUCCUUACGUGCCGCUGCUGCCGCCUACCCCAACAGUAAAAGAAACAGGAACAGAAAACACCACCGUAACUCCGCCCACAUGGAGCUCAAAACCAUUUCCAACGGUAACGGCAUUUGUAAUGGAAUUUCUAAGCAGUACAACGGCGACAUCCAUGACGGAGGCUUUCUCCAGAUCGUCCCAGGAGAGGGUCACACAUCGCACAACAGGGAGUCUCCUCCUCCGGCCCCUCCUCUCCCACCCACCCCUCACCUUCCUUCCCCAGAGGCUGACUUCCCCAACGGUCUGUCGGCCACCCUGCCCAGCGUCCUGAGGAGGAUGAACGGCAAUAGCUACGUGCUUCUGAGGCAGAGCGACUCGGACAACUCGUCGCCGCUCUGCUACUCCUUUGCCGAGGAGCUCAACAGGAUCUUAGAGAAGAGGAAACACACUCAGCUGCUGCCCAGGCCUGAUGAGAGCUCGGUGUAGGAAAACGUAGCUCCCCCUGUGGUGGGAAGACUGCAAAGUACUGAGUGGUGCUGAAGUGCCUGCCAUAUGACCACUGUUACUGAGAACUACAGCAGUAACAGUCUUAUCUGCAUUCUUGGAUUGUUCCAAGUCCACAUGUAGACAUUCCUGCUUUUUGAACCUUUUAACUGUUAAUUUCCAAACCCAUGAAAAUGAAAAAUCAUGAUGAGGGAAAUCGCAUGAAAUGGAUAAAAGAAUUUUUCUACCUCAGGUAAAUGUUGCCCAGAAGGAAAUGCAAGGUCAAACUGUAGUGUGAUCUGAGCAUCUCCUAGAGCUCUGAUCCACCAAGCACAAACAAAACACAGACUCCAGUGAAGAGGAGAGGCUCGUGGGAAUACACAUGGAGCUUAAUGUAUGUACAUGUGAGGGUCUCUGCACUGUGGCAGCCAUGUUUGGCUUGUUUUUAACAUAGAGGGCAGCUAGCCAAAUUUUGUUUGCACUGACAACUGCACAGAUGGCCUAUGCAUUUUUAAAGCGUGUCAUUCACACUUUAUAAGUAUUGGGGCAAAUGGACAUGGUGAUAGAGGGAGUUUUUUUUUGUUUUUUUUUUUUGCAGUGUUUUUCAUUUUAAUCCAGACCAACUAACUGCAAUAAGCCUGAUAUAACAAUAUACAAUAACUCAUGACAGCACACAUUUAACACCAGCUAUUGUUGAAAAUGGUGAAUUAAUCAUUACUUACGAUAAAUUAAUGUUUAAAAAAAAAGGUUUUUCUUUAAUAUGUCAAUAGAAAAUAAUGAUUACAUUGACAUAACAUUUUCAAGUAUAAAAACAAAUAAUACAAAAAUAUUAUUUAAUCAUUAGUAAUAUAAAGGUUCAGUAGGUCAUAAAACUUUGAUAUUGAGUGAAUGUUAAAAGAAUUCUUUGAUAUUAAUAUUGUAACCCUUCAUUUACAAGAUAAAUACAGAUUAUUUCACCAUUUUUAAGACUUUUUAGAGGAUUAAUGGACACCUCAACAAUAUGUGACAGUAUUAUACAUUUGAUGCACUUUAAAUAUGUGUUUUAAAGCGCUUUGGUAAAGACACAGACUCUUCAGAAUAUAAUGACACUGCAACAAGUGAAUUCUGUCGCAGAGGAACUUUUGAUUGAACAUUUUUUAGUGUGAAGAGCUGCAACAGCAGAGGCCACAGCUGUGUGUACCUGAUCUGUUUGACAGAAGUGGAUAAGAAGGAAAACACUGACCGCACCUCAGCAGAGCCUGGAUCCAGCACAGAGUGGCCUCCUGCACGAGACCAUAACAGAGAAUAACAGACUGUGGGCCACAGAGCGGCAAAAAAGCAUCCAAGGUCUGACAUGGAUGGUUAGAGUCCCCCACCCUACUUCAGAUGGAUGUUCUUUAAAUGAACAGUGAGCGCCAUCGUUACUGGACCGCUUAUGCAGAGUACAGAGCAGCUGGAUAAGAACAUUCACCUACAGCUCUGCUUCCCCUCAACUGGAAUCUAAAUGACUGGCUGCAGCGUCUCAACUGAGUGUUUGUUCUUCAGGCAGCAGUUCUCUGUGCGCAGUGUCCUUGCCUCUGUUUGAUGCAAACUUGUUAAACUAAACUCAACAUACGAUGACCCUUUUUCUUACUUUGCUGCAUGAAUUAAGUUUCAACACCUUUUUUUUUUUUUUUCUUAAAGUCAAGGAAACAAGGAUAACUCAUCUUAAUAUAAAAAAAAAGUGCCAAGGUUUAUGUGCUUUGUGAGCCGAAUUGAAGGAAUAUGAAAAGACAAAAAAAAAAGUAUUUAUUUUGUAAUUUUGUACAUUGUGUUUUGAAGUUCUUGUCAAUGUUGCUGUUAAAAGUGCCACUUGUAAGAUGCCUUCCUGACAAAGAAGGGGGUCGCAGUUUGCCGGUGUCGCACAUACUGUGAUGAACUGUACACGCAUGGUAGCCAGAAGCAUGCAGGGGCUAUACCAGCAAAACUCAACUUAAUAUUUAUAACCUAUUAACAUGAAGGGAAAAUACACUAAUUUACAUUCUCACUUAAGGACCAUUCAGCUUUUCUGUCACUUUUAAUGUCCACACUCUAUUUGCAUGUUACACCAUGCUUGUGCACACAGCAAAUUAAACUCCUGUAGUAAAUAAAUAAUUGAAAUAACAGGACACUGGGUUCCCUCACAUUUCAGCUAUAAUGAAAUCAAAUAAAACUUUGUACCUCA